AUGAACGACCACGUGAUCAGUAGCAACCAGCAGCAGUACGACACCACAAGUUCCUGUCACAUGGAGCCAACCAGUUACAUGCAAACGCAUAUGAACGAAGAACAGUUUGGCACACCCAAAAAGAAUGCAGCCAUACCCCUAGCUUGUUUGUCUUUUACACCUGAAUGUGAAGAGAAUUUGAAGCCUAAAGUAGGCAUGACAUUUCAAGGACUUGAGGCAGUGGAGAAGUUCUACAAGGCAUAUGCACAUAAUGCGGGUUUUGGAGUUCGUAUCGGACAGCAGAAGAAGAUUGAGAAUAAGGUGGUCCGAACUAAGCGUUUUAUGUGUAACAGGGAAGGAUUCAAGUCCAAAGAUAGUAAGGAGAUCGAUAACCCCUCGAAGAAAAAGCAUCGAAUCGUAGAGUUAGUGAGAGGGCAAAGAAUACAAUAUUUACAUGUCACAAGGCAAGCAUUGGCACCUCUCAGGGCGUACAGGUUACUCCAAGUUAGUGAGGGUGGAAUUUCGAAUGUUGGGUGCAUGAAGAGAGACUUGCAGAAUUACUACAACGACCUUCGGGAUAAAAUUAGAAAUGCGGAUGCCCAAAUGUUUGUCGCCCAGCUAGCUAGAAAGCAGGAAGUAAACUCAGCAUUUUUCUAUGAUUUUGACGUGAAUGAUGAGGGGAAGUUGAAGUAUGUGUUCUGGGCAGAUGCCACAAGCAGGAAGAACUACAGUCUCUUUGGUGAUGUGGUAUCUUUUGAUUCUACGUACACCACUAAUCAGUACAACAUGAUCUUUGCACCAUUUACAGGGGUCAAUCAUCACUUGCAAAGUAUAUUCUUUGGUGCUGCCUUCUUAGCAAAUGAGAAGAAUGAAUCGUAUAUUUGGUUAUUUCAGACCUUCCUAAAAGCAAUGGGAGGGGUAGCACCUAGGCUUAUCAUAACAGAUGAAGCUGGUGGCAUGAAGAUUGCUAUUGACGAAGUUCUUCCAACCACUGUGCAUAGGUUGUGCAUGUGGCAUAUAAUGGAAAAGGUGCCUGAAAAAGUUGGACCUUUGAUUAGAGAGGAUCCAGAAUUUUGGAAGAGGCUGAACUCAUGUGUUUGGGGUUCAGAAACUACAACUGAGUUUGAGUCACAAUGGAAUUCCAUCAUUACAGAUUUCGGGUUGGAAGAAAAUGAGUGGUUUGCUAAGAGGUUUAGUAUUCGAGAGACUUGGAUACCAUCCUACUUUAUGGACAUAUCUCUAGCAGGCAUUCUCAGAACCACUUCAAGGGAGAGUGUUUUUGAUGAACAAGGGAAUUUACUAGAAGAAAAGCCCACUGAUGCUUUGGACGCGACCACGAGAGAGAAGAUUUCAACUAUACGUAAUAAGAUGGAAGAUAUGAUUCAAAAGGCGAAGCACUCAGAUGUAGGCAUGGACUUCUUAACAUCAAGUGUGUUGAAAAUCGAGGCCCCUCUCGACCAGAUGGUUCCUACAGCUACCAAAAUCACUAGGCAAGAGGAAUAUGAGGCUUUUAUUGAUUGCAACAUUCCUACUGAAGUUCAUAUACAUCCACCCACUGAUGUUCAUACGGUGGGGAGAUGCAAAAGAAUAAAGAGCGGAAAGGAGACCAAGGAGGAUAGUCGAAAAAAGAAGGGCAAAGAAGUAAAGGCAAGGGCUGCACGCUUGUGCAAGACAUGCAAGCAAAUAGUAUUUCAUGAUAGUCGCAAUUGUCCAAGCAAAGGGAAAAGGAGCAUUAUCGUGGAAGAUAUGCAACUGAAUGGUGCUUCCUGA